UAUCAAAACCCCAGUCGCAAAUCACGUCGCCAUGUCGAAUCUUCUCCCCCAGAGCUGCCUUCGCCAGUUUGCGCGAAGCUCCCUGAGACAGGGUGCUGCGUCUGCUCGCCCCGGCUCAGCGUUCGCUCUUCCUCUCCGGACACAGCCUUUCUCAACCACUUCCCCGACACAAUCACGAAAGGGCGGUGCCGCGAUCACGGUGCCCCCGGAGGUUUCCCUCAACUUCAUUGACCUCCCUGUGGUCUCCGCGAGAGGAGCUGUGAAAGACAUUCCCAAGGUUGCGAUUCAGGUGAAGGGACCUCUGGGUGAACUGACUCUGACCGUCCCUUCUUUCGUCAACGUCGAGCAUGAUACCGCCCUCCAGAAAGCCACUCUCUCCGUCCAGGACGCAGAGAUCAAGCACCAGCGUGCUAUGUGGGGAACCACGCGCGCACACCUACAAAACUACAUUCUGGGAGUGUCGGAAGGCCACAUCUGUAUCUUGAGUAUGGUCGGUGUCGGUUACAGAGCCACGAUCGAGUCGACGGCGACUACCGUCCAGCCCGAAUUCCCCGGCCAGCAGUUCGUCUCCCUGAAGGUCGGAUACUCUCACCCGAUUGAAUUGCCCAUCCCGAUGGGCGUCAAGGCCAGCACGCCCCAGCCGACUCGUAUCCUGCUCGAGAGUAUCGACAAGGAAGUCGUGACGCAGUUCGCGGCCGAGAUCCGCGAAUGGCGCAAGCCCGAGCCUUACAAGGGCAAGGGUAUCUUCGUCAACGGAGAGACCGUCAGAAUGAAGGCCAAGAAGAUUCGGUGAUUGUGUGUUCAGUUAUACCUUUGGAGUGAAAGGGCGAAUCCCUUCGCUUCUCUUCGUUUCUUCUUUUCUCUUUUCAUGUAUAUGUAUAUCGGAGCAUGGGUCUCUGGGUUCGCGACUGGUAUUUGAUUUGUGUACUUUUAGACGCAUCUAGCGUGGAUAUAGCUUGACAGUUUAUGGAGCAAG